AUGGCUGCACACUACAACUUCUUGAAGAGAAAAGCCACCGGCCCCGUUGAUCAAAUCAGCCACCACUUCUCCGAUUUCUCUCUUUCUUCUCCCGCCACCAAAAUUCGUCGUCUCGACGCUGAAUUGACUCCAAUCGUUGAAGAAGAAGAAAAAAACGAACCGUUAACUGUUCCUAACGACGAGAGAGCUAUUGUUCUCUUCAAACCAUCUCUUCAAUCUUCUCCUUCUUUCUCUCUCACUCUCAAUUCCGAUCUUAUCUCUCAAAUCAAGAAUAAUCAAGUUUCGUGGUCAAAACAAUGUGAUUCUGAUUACUAUGAUAACCUAGUUGAACAAAACGACAAGAAUGAUCGUCGUUUAGCUAUUGUGCCUUGGGUGCCACAAUCUUCCUCUGCUGAUGAUAACAAUAAUACAAAUUCUAUAGAGUUGAUGGAAGCUGAUGAAAUGGGAGAAGAACAAGAAGAUGAAGGAGCCAUGAUGGAUGUAGAACAAGAACAAGAACAACAACAAGACAAUGACUCUUCAAGUUUUAACUAUCCAACAAUGGUUGAGGGGUUCCAGCAACACUGUUUGUUACCUCAGAUUAUUCCUCAAAACACUUCAACUCCUAUCACUUGGACCCGUUGA